AUGGCGCCUUCCAGAUUCGGUGCUUCCAAGUACCGCAAUUCGGUAGCAUCAGUUCCGCCAAGGGAAGAGUUCUAUCGUUCACACCUACCUUCGUCAACUGGAUCAAACAGUAGCAACUUAUCCACGUUCAGCGGUGAGAUCAAGAGCAACAGAGAAUGGAUUGUCACUGUCACUCCCGCCGGAGAUCUUAGCUGCAGAAAGUAUGGAGAUCAUUCGGGAGAGAACGCGAAGGUUGAGAAAGUUGGAAAGGGAGGUGGGGUUGGAGAUUGGGAUCUGAGCAAGUUGGAGGAUGAUCAAUUGGUUAUAGGAGGUCUGGACGGAAGUAUCUCCGUAUACAGCCUCUCGGAACCAUCGAUACUGACCUUACAACACACUACUCCCCCACAAUCCUCAUCACCAAUAACCAACCUCUCUCUUCAUCCGACUACACCUGAUAUACUUCUUGCUUCAUCCAUUUCUCAUCCAGCGGUGAUAUACGACAUAUCAGCUUCUCUCACCUCACCCAUUAUCUCACUGAAUAUCAAAGAAUCUAAGGGUAUCUGGUCACUCGGAUGGUCAAGUAGUGGAACGCAAGUCGCAGUCAUUGGAAAAUCGGGUACUAUGUAUAUCUACGAACCCCGCAAAUCGACUGAACCAAUCAAGACGAAAAAUCUGUCAUUUUCGGUACAAGCUUUGAAACCAUGCCGACUAACAUGGGUAGGGGACCAAGAUAUCUUUAUAACAUCAUUCUCCAAAACCAGGAACAGACAAUACUCUCUGGUAUCUACCUCGAAAAACCCAAAUGACCUAGAAACAAAUUUUAGUCAAUCACUGGAUACGUCCACGAAUCCCUUGAUACCGUUAGUAGACGAAGAACGUAGGAUAAUCUAUCUUGUUGGAAAAGGAGAUAUGACUCUUCGUCAAAUUGAACUUUCCGGUCCGAUGGGUCUUCAAGAAACGAUACAUCCUUUACAACAUACCUUGAACAGCGGCUCGAUAGCGUCGGUACACCCUACGAAACUAGAUGUAAUGAAAGCGGAGAUUGCUAGUGUACUUUUACAAGUAACGGAUAAAGAUGGGGAUGCACUGUUGCCUUUGAGCAUUAAGGUGCCGAGAAGACAGUUGAUCGAUUACCAUGGGGAUUUGUAUCCCGAUGUAGCGGGCACAGUCCCUGAACAGACCGCUGAAGAAUGGCUAAAAGGAGAAGACAAGAAGCCUUUGUAUAUCACACUGGAUCCAUCGAGGCGCAGCACUUGGGAAGGGAGGAUCGAAGAAUACAGAAAGUCAUCAGGGAACGUGCCAGCAGGAUCACUGCAAACAGCUGCUGAUCCUUCCUCCGAGCCUACUGUAGAAAAACUCACUGUCCCUGAGCAAGAUGCGAUUCCAAAGACAUCAGAUUCGCCUCCGCAACCCAACAAAGCCAAUCCGGUUACCGAGAAUGCUCAAAUCGCCUCAAGCACUGCGUCCCUCAAUAGCAGCACGAGAUUACCGCCUCUGGAAUCAGAUGAGAUAUACUCGUCUACCACCUACAAGUCUCGUAUAGUAGCUGAUUACCUAGCUGACGAGUAUGAGAAGCGUAAAUCAGGGGGAAACAAACGACCACUGCUGGUCGGACUGCAGGGGCCUCAAGGGUGUGGCAAAACAACCCUUUGCUCUGGAUUCGUACAGUAUCUCAAGGAGAAGAAAGACCUCUCAGCUGCAGUACUGUCGCUGGAUGAUCUGUACAAGACGCACGCCGAUCUCAAAGCCGUCGCUGCGGAACAUCCAGACAAUGCUCUUCUAGCUGGAAGAGGUCCACCUGGAACACAUGAUGUCCUGCUGGCAACAUCCGUCAUCGAGAAGAUCAAGCAAAUCAACGAAGCCCCUAACGAAAGCGUCGAGUUACCGAUAUUUGACAAGAGUCUAUGUGGCGGGGAAGGCGAUCGAUCUUCUGAAACUGUCAAGAUCACGGGUCCGAUUGACGUGUUCAUCUUGGAAGGGUGGUCGAUGGGAUUCUCACCAUUGUCUUCCGCAGAUUUGGACUCCGUGUAUGCAAAUCCCAAACCAGCUUCUCCCCAGACUUCGGAUACAUACUUCACCAAGCACCCCAUGUCCUCCCUACAGACACUCAACGCAUACUUGGCGGAAUUCUCUCAAGCUAUCUAUCCAAGCUUCCAGGCGUUCAUACAAGUCGAGCCGUUAUCGUUCGACUAUGUGUUCAAGUGGAGAUUACAGCAAGAACAUAUGAUGAAAGCUAAUAACGGAGGCAAAGGAAUGACGGACGAGCAAGUCCACAAGUUUGUGAAAAGAUAUAUGCCAGGAUACGAAUUAUGGAAAGAAGGAAUAUGGAAUGCUGGAACAGGCUGGGAAGGGAGAGGAAUGAAAUUGGUCUUUGGUGGUGAGAGAGAAGUAGUUGAUGUCGUUCAACCCACAUCUGCGGAUAAGAAACCUGUUAAGGAGGACGAGAAAGGUGAUAUUCAGUUGAAGGAAGUUUCAAAAAUAGCUGAAGAGAAACCUCUAGAGUCGUUAGACAAAGAUUUACCGGUCAAAGUUCAAAAAGCCAAAGAGAAAGAGAUUACACCUUUCCCACCUCCCGCAACUGAUGAUAAAGUGAAACCUCCCAGCAUUACCACUGAAAGUACUCCUUCAGCUCCACCUCCUAGCAGACUCACCUCAUCUUUCUCACCCAACGUAGCCCAGAUCCAAUCGUCAGAACGCUUCAACCCUAAUUGGUCUCGUAAAUUCCUUGCGGGAAAGUCACCUCUUAUACCCACCUACGAUUCCUUGCCCUCUCUAUCUUCCUUGCACCAAGACUCGAAGAUCCUUAAAGCCCACGCACACCUCGCAUUCUUUCCUAUUCAGGGUACAGGUGGUCGAUUGAAUGUGCAUCCGCUAGCGAGGAAAGGUAGAUUACCGGUUGGUGGUGAAGGGUAUCUAUCAGCUGGAGUAGAAAUAGUAGAUUUCGAUGUUGAGCUUGGAGGAGAUCGCGUCGUCAUUGCAGGUGAAGAUGGAGUGGUGAGAGUGUGGAAAGUUGGUAAAGAGGGCGUAAAUGGUGUUGGACCUGAACCUGAACAGUUUCUCAAAGGCAAAGGAAUCGACAAGAUCACACAAAUCGCUUUCCACCCUACCGCCCAAGACUUGCUGAUAGCUCUCACUACCGAUCACGCUUCUUCCAAUAUGCGAUUCUUCGAUUUGUCCAAAGGGGAAGAAGUGAAAAUUGUCGAGUUGUCUUCUAAAGGGGCUUUCAAUUUCACCUUCUCCCAUGAGGGCGAUCGCGUGGCAGUAGCAACGAAGGACAAUCAAAUUCUCAUCCUUGAUCCUCGGAACCCAUCUCAAGUAAUCUCUGGAAAAUCUCAUGACAGUCCAAGAUCUUUCCAGAUAACUUGGAUUGAUGAUAAGCAUUUAGUCUCGGUAGGCUUCUCGAAAGGAUCGCAGCGCAAGAUCAACCUAUAUCAAAUCAACGCUGGGCAGACAGAAAUCAUUCAAUCAAUCACUAUUGACGUAUCACCUUCGGUCCUUUUCCCAGUGUACGAUCCGGAUACUUCGAUUCUGUACGUAUGGGGUAAAGGUGAACGUGUGAUACAGGCGUACGAGAUCUCGCUCAAUAGCUCCGGAGAGAAAAUCAUCAAGUUACCUAGUUUCACUGCUUCCUCACCUCAAUUGGGAUUAGUAUUCUUACCGAAGAGAAUGGUAGAUGUCAAGAAAGUUGAGGUGGCCAGGUGUCUCAGAUUGACUUGGAAGACUCUGGAGGAAGUCGCGUUCAAUAUACCGAGAAACAAACCCAACUUCUUCCAAGACGAUAUAUACAUCCCUACUGUGGAUGUUGAGAAUUGUGUGAUCUCUGCUCCAGAAUGGCUAGAAGGAAAGAGCGUUCCACCCAGCAGGUUGGAUCUCAAACCUGAUGGUAUGACACCUUUAUCUCAAGCACCUAAAUCUGAUAGUUCUGCAACCAAGAAGUUCGUACCUGCGGCAGAUGUUAUGUCGGAAGAGGAGAAGAAACGACAAGAGAUGGAUGCGUUGUUCGCGAAAGCCAAGAUGGAUGAAAGCAGUGAUGAGGAAGAGGAGGAGGUGAAGGGGCUAGCUCCACCUGAUGAUGAUUGGUAG